AUGAACUUCGUUCGGGCUGAAACCAUCGUGCAGGAGAUCACUGAUGAUGGCAAAGUUCGAGACAUCAUCACGCAAGUGAGGAAGUCGGAGGCGGAACAAGAUGCCGAGCGCCAAGAGGCAAUACUUCGAAGUUUGCCAGAGUUCAAGCGUGACGGGCAUUCCGCAGCUGACGCGAAAGCUGACGCGAAAGCCGCCGAAGCCGCCAAUGAACAGCAGGAGAAGGAUGAGGCAAAAGAGUACAACGUUCACACCAUCGACGAGGCGGAGUUUGAGCAUUAUCAGAAGAUUGAAGAUGCAGAGCGCGAGAAGAAGCGCAAGCUCAAGUCUCAGGACUGA